UUGCUCUUUUGCGCUAUUGAAUUUUUAUGCGGCUCAAAUUUUUAAUUUUAAAUAUUCGAAUGUUAUGAAAAUUAUUAUUUUUAAUCAUGUCGGAUAAUAUUUUCAUUGACGGUAAACCUUUAAAUUCUUUAAGGGUAGUCGAUUUAAAAGAAGAACUCAGAAAACGUGGUGUUCGUAGUUCUGGUACAAAAUCUCAGCUGCAACAAUUAUUAUUGACGGCUCUAUAUUCAAAGAAUCAGGUAGUUGAAGAACCUCCGAUCACUAAUGAAGCAGAACCAAUAAAAAAUGACAAUGAACAACCAGAAAAAAUAGAUGACUCUAUGAUCGAUGACUGUACUAAUUCUCAGAGUAUUGAUAGUAACGCCAAAUUCGCUUCAAUAUCCAUUAAUGAAGAAAAAGAAACCAUCAAAUUAACUAUCCGUUCGAGUCCCAGAAAACAAGAGCCAGUACAGCAACAAGAUUCUGAAAGUGAAGAUUCACAAAGCGAUGCCACUGAUCCCGACAGUGAUCGGAAGAAUGACAGUUAUGAUGUUAACGCUAAUCAGAAAGAAAUUCCAUCGCCUUCAAUUGAACCAGAAAGCAAAAUGGAAUCUGAAGCAGAUAAUGCUGAAGAAAAGUCGACUGAUCUAGUUAAUCAAGAAAUUGAAAAACCCGAAAAUAGUACUGAUGAUCAAAAAACAAAAGUAGAGCAUCCGAUAAUAGAUGAAUGCAAAAGUGAAAGUGAAUCACCACCGAAAACUGAACAAACUUUAGAAGAAUGCCCGAAAAAUAAAAUCGAAAUAAAAUCAGAUGAUUCUAAAAGUCGAACUUCAAUUAUAAAAAAUAGAAUGAUUACACAAAAAUCAACUGAGAAAACUACUAAUCCUGUUCAGAAAAAACGACGUUGGGGAAGUUCACAAACAAACGAGUCAUCUGUAUUGAAAAAAGGAAUCUCAAGCGAUGAACUUAAACAACUUAUAAAUGAUUCGAUAAUGGACAAUGAUCAGCCUGCCAUCAAGGUGAGUAAACCGAACGAAGACAAAACAUUCUUUAACAAUAAAACUGAUGAGCCACCACAACAACCAAAAUCAAUGGAAAUAACUGAAAUGGAAAUAAAAAAGGUAGACAUUUCAUUUAAAAAUGAAGUUGUUGAAAUGUCUCAAGUAGCGACUCCGCAAAAAGAGAAUGGUAAUAUUGAAGAUACGAACGGCCAACGGUCAGUUAGUCCGGCCAAGAAUCCCGAAUCAACUGUGUUGUUUAUAACAGGCUUGGUUCGACCAUAUACUUUGAUGCAGUUAAAGAAAUUGUUGAACAGUAUCGGUGAAAUUGAUGAGGAAAAAUUUUGGAUAGAUAAAAUCAAGUCUAAAUGUUAUGUAACUUAUUCGAGUGUCGAAGAAGCUGUCGAAACUCGUAAAAAUCUACAUAAUCUAAAAUGGCCACAAUCAAGCCCGAAAAAUCUUUGUGUUGAAUUCGCUACACUCGAAGACAUUGAUCGAUGUCUUCAUCCAGAAAAUUAUGAAGAUCUUCCCAUGAAAAACGUCGAAAAAAAAUCGUCAUUGAUCGCUGAAAAUAAAGGAAAAUAUGACAUUAUUAUGAAAGAACCUAAAGUUGAACCAAUUGGCAAAAACAACGAUAAAUCUGAAGCUACUGCUGCUCGUGGGAACAUUCGUGAAUGGGACAGAGAUAAGGUUGCUGUUAAAGUCAGUCGACAUGAAGAAAAAGAAAAGAGUGAUGACAAUCAGCGGCAACUGAAAAAACCUAAAGUUGAAUCUCCAUCUGAUCAUCAACAUCAUCAUCACCAUCAUCAUCAUCGUGAUAAGCCUACGAAAACAACAGAAAAAGUGGAGAAAAAAGAAGAAAAAUCAAAUCAACGUCAUCAAGAACCAAGAAGUGAAUCACCUGUUAAUUCACUCGAAGAUUUAUUUAGAAAGACAAAAACAAUUCCAUAUAUCUAUUGGUUGCCAUUAAACGAUGAACAAGCAUUAGAAAGGGAAAAAUAUCGUAAUCAAUUGGAAAAGGAACGUGAAGCAAGAAUAGCACAGCGUAUGGAAAUGUCUGCACGUAAAUCUUCACCUCCUCUUCAUCCUGCCCCUAUGUCUCGUGAUAUGAAUCGUAUUCGAAGAACUUCUCCCAUAAAUUUUCGCCGUAAGCCUUCACAUAGUCCUGUAUAUCGACGUAAUCAAUCACGAUAUUCACGGUCGCGUUCUCCUGAUCGUAGACGAUUUUCACCUCGUAGAAGAUAAGUUGAUUCAUCGAUCCAUUUUCUUUUAUCGGGUCACCCAAAGGUCAUUGAAAGAUGGAGAGAAAAAUAUCUUUGUAAUUUGAAGCCUAAUCAUUAAUCGACCAUUCUUAUUCAUACUUCCAUUCGUUGUUUCUUCACCAUUUUAUUUUGAUAUAUAU